AAAAGGCGAGUUGGACAUUGAGUGGGGACAAAGUCCUCUUGAGGUUGCGUUUUGGCAAGCUAAAUCUUGCGUAGCCAAAACAGGCCUGCCAGGCCCAGUGUCUGCAGUGGAUGACACUGGGAUAGCUGCUCAAGAUCUAGGCCUUUCCUUUCAUGCCAAGCCCAACCUCUGGCUCACCUUAGCCAAGGGAGAGCGAACCAAAAAUGGGUUUGUUUUUGUUUUGAUGCUCGAGUCCCAAACCUGUUUCAUCCAUCAGAACCUCCAGAACACCUAAAAGGGCUCUGGGUAGUUUGCGCGUGCAGAUGUGCGCAUCAUCUUAGGCCAUAUCAAUCACUUGUGGAAGAUAUCUCUUCCAAAGGGAUGGUGUGAUUUCCCCCUAGUAUAAACAUGGAAAACUAUGUGCAUCAAAUUGGCGAAUUUAGGCCGAAACACUUCAAGCAUAAAGAUUUCGAAGACGUUCGCGACAUUCUCAAGGGAGAAUUAGACGAGCACACCCAAAACUUGAGCCGACUUGAAGCUGAGAGAAGGCGGAAGUUAAACGAGGACUUCGAUCAGGCAGGAUGGUUUUCCAAGAUUCGCAUUAUUUUUUUACUCAUCCUCAUCAAGGAAAUCAUCACGGGAGUAAUCUACCCUACCGUGGACAUGGCCAUCGAUAUUACAACAGCAUCAACCCAUUUUGCAUUCAAUGAUGUGGGUUGGGGAGCCCUUACUUUAACUUUUGUCUUUAUCCCCGGAUUUGUGUGCGCAAUUGCCAUUGCGGUACGAGGAAUCAAGCAAGAAUACACGUGGAAGCGAUUGAUCAACUAUUCCAUAGUAAUAGUUCUCCUACCAGUACUAUAUCCCGUCAUUCAAGUCAUGGUGAAUACAUACAUGGUGUACCUUAUGAUCAUUCGGAGAAGCCGAGAGAUCUUCAAGAUCAUGGGACAUGAUGUCAAACAAUUCAAGUCCUUGGAGGGCUUCUUGGAAUCCGGACCCCAGUUCGUUCUUCAGAGUUACAUUUUGCUUUUGGGCAAAGAUAAAAAUUCAUACACCAAUCAAGAAGAAUUUCGGAUCCUUACAUUGACCUUCUCGAUCGUGUUAUCGUUCAUAUCCUUGUCUAAGACCGGAUUUAACGUAAAUGUUCCUGACGAGGAUCCAAAACGAACGUCGAUCCAAUACAAGAAAAAUGCCAAAUUCUUCCCCUUGACUUCCAUUGUUUUCCACGCGGUCUGCGUUUUGUUCAGGGUGACGUGCCUGUCAUAUUUUUUCGCCACAAUCCGUGUCUGGACGAUACUCCUCAUCGCGGUGACCAUUUUGACCAACUAUCUCCUAUUCCUAAAGUGUGGAGGCUCGCAAACUAUCUCGAUCCUGCUAGGAAUGGUCUCAGUAUUUAUGCCUAAUGGAUAUCUACUCUACAACUUUGCCGCCACCUUCCCCGUGGAUCUUCCUUUUGAAGGCACUCGCAAUUUCUUGCUUUACCACAUGCUCUCUACAACCGGUUACUUUUGUGCUUGUAUCAUUGGGAUCUUCUUAGGUGGAGCUACCAAUUCGAGUUACUUGAACUUCAACAUUCCGGAUGACUCCGUGCUUGAUAAUUUUGGGGUGCAAGUAAUUUUGAACGUUGGUCUAUUAGUGUUGGCCGUGCUUUCUUUGGUGUUCGGGUACAUCCAUUGGCGAGUUAGUAUCGUACCUCUGUAUCAAGCACCUAGAUCAGAUUCUCAUGGGGUCACGACUAUCCGAAUUCCAUAGAACGUCAGUAUUGUAGCCUGUGUUAAAUCCGAGUAUUUCUAGCUUUUUUGGUAUCUUAAUCGGGUAUGGUCAAAGAAUUUUUGUGCCAAAAACAAUAAUGAAUAAUUAUCUCGUGCCAUGCAUUAAAAGUGUUUUCAAAAAUAAAUCAAUAGUGACUAACAGGUUUAUUUAUGAUGGCCUGUUUUCAACUGA